AUGACUGCGGUCGCACAAGACAAUAUGUCCGACAUGGCUCAGGAAGAUGUGGCCAUCAAGGCCUCGUCGACACCUAGUCCCGCCGCGUCCAACUCAGCAAGCAGCACAUCCGCGGCGCGCCGACCUCCCCGCAAGAGCACUCUCACUCAACAACAGAAGAACCAGAAACGGCAACGCGCGACUCAGGAUCAACUAGUCACGCUCGAGACCGAAUUCAACAAGAACCCCACCCCGACGGCCACGGUCAGAGAGAGGAUAGCGGACGAUAUCAAUAUGACGGAGCGCUCCGUUCAAAUUUGGUUCCAGAACCGACGUGCUAAAAUUAAGCUACUGGCCAAAAAGAGCAUCGAGACCGGCGAAGGUUGUGCUGAUAUCCCGGAAUCCAUGCGCCAAUAUCUUGCGUUGCAGGAGAUGGAGUCGGGAAAACCGUUAGCGGGCAACUUUCUCGGUCGUUCAGGACUCAUGGCGUAUGGAAAUGGCAACAUGCUAGUAGGCGCUGAUCAAGGGCCUCAAGGCAAAGUUGUUAUUAACCAUCUUUCCUGUCGGUCACUAAGUGUCGGAUCAUGGAGACGAGUCGGCCAAAAUACGAUGGACUUGAUCAUCUUCUACUCACCCGAGAAGGCCACCAUGACAUACUACAUCAACAACGACCAAGCCGGCUACAAGAUCGAAUACCCUUUCUCCUUCGUCAGAAAUAUCUUCCUGGAAAAUGGGGAUAUGGAAUCAGGAAAACCAGGUGGCCUUGUAGUGGAACUCAAUCGACCCCCCUUUUUCUUCAUGGACUCCUCUGGAUCAGGUGGCUUCUACCAAUGUGGCGAUUUCACGGAGGAACAGCAAGCAUCCCAGGCAAUGGUGCAUCAUCUUGGGGGAAAUCCCAAGGUUCUUAGCGGGCAGUUGGCCAAACUUAUCUCGCUGGAAUCUUUCAUGACCCGCCACAGCCACAACCAAUCCCAAUUCGAGCCGCAGCAACUUUCGGUCUCAGCACCCGUUUCUCCCACGAACCGGCCAGCGUCGCAGCCGAACUACAGUGCUCAAGCUCAUGUGGGCAUGUUCCAGGAGGGCUGGGGAGUCAAUGUCGCUCCUGGGCCACGCGGACCAGGUCACAAGAGACAAAGAAGUCGAUCCGUCCCAAUGCCCGUCGACUUCUCCAUGUUCAAUAGCCCCAUGCCUUCUUUCCUCAUUCAACAACCUGGCGAUAACCAACAACAACCUCACAAUCCAAACAUCUUCGCGCCUAUUCCUCAGCAGCCAAACACCCUGGGGACUCUAGGCCCGAAUCUGCGGAUCGAUACCUCGUCUGGCUAUGGAAUGGAAUUCAGACAGUACCCAAUGUCUGCAGCCACGACCACAUCACCUUCAGAUUACGCCAGUCCAUCGUUUUUGUCCCAAGCUCCUGAUUCCGCGGCGCUCCCUGCAUCCUCGUAUACUCACACAUCCUAUGGCGCGCCAUAUCUCUCCCCCAACCCUAUGGUAGAUCCGGCGAGUGCGAUGAUUCCUCCCUCGGUAUCUCCGCUUUCAUUCAUGAGCCAUGGAGAUCCAGCAAUCGUUGAUCAAUCCCCGCCUCUAUCGGUGCACCGAAGCGCAUCGGCAGAUAUGUAUACCAUGGCAAAUGAUCAGCACUCCAAUAUUUCAGAUGACGGUACCGGACUCAAUGAGAUGUACUCCAAGCACACUCUCAACCUCCCUAUGCACUCUCAUUCUCCAGCAUUCAAUGAGCAAGCACAAGCCGACAUGGACAUGAACCAGCUCGUCUCGUUCGAUGAUAACCCGGCAAGCCUGUCACCCGAGGCCCUGUCCCAAUAA